GGCGGUCGCACCUGCGCGAGUUGGGGGAAGGAGGAGGGGCGAGGUGACGCAGGCGUAAUAAUAGAGAAGGUGCCAGAAAGAUCCAAAACAAGUGGCUGCGGCCGUCGCCCAGGAGUCAUCAGACGCCGGAUUCCGGCCCUGGCUCGAGCUUGUUCCACCCCCUUCCCCGGGUAUGGCGCUGUCUGGGUCGACCCCUGCCCCGAGCUGGGAGGAGGAUGAGUGCCUGGACUACUACGGGAUGCUGUCGCUUCAUCGUAUGUUCGAGGUGGUGGGCGGGCAGCUGACUGAGCGCGAACUGGAUCUGCUGGCCUUCCUGCUGGAUGAGGCCCCCGGCGCCGCCGGAGGCCUGUCCAACGCCCGUAGCGGCCUGGAGCUGCUGCUGGAGCUGGAGCGCCGCGGGCAAUGCGACGAGAGCAACCUGCGACUCCUAGGGCAACUCCUUCGAGUGCUGGCCCGGCAUGACUUGCUACCACACCUGGCGCGCAAGCGGCGCCGGCCAGUAUCUCCAGAACGCUAUAACUAUGGCACCUCCAGCUCUUCUACAAAGAGGUCGGAGGGCAGCUGCCGUCGCCGUCGGCAGUCUAGCAGCUCUUCAGAUGUUCAGCAGGACCAGUGGGAGACAGGCUCUCUCCCAACCAAGCGGCAGCGGCGGAGUCGGGGCCGGCCCAGUGGUGGUGCCAGACGGCGACGGAGAGGGGGCCCAGCCGCCUCUCGGCAGCAGCAGGAGCAGGCCAGACCCGCUUCGGAAGGCAAAGUGACCUGCGACAUCCGGCUCAGGGUGCGAGCAGAGUACUGCGAACAUGGGCCAGCCUUGGAGCAGGGUGUGGCAUCUCGGCGGCCCCAGGCACUGGCACGGCAGCUGGACGUGUUCGGGCAGGCCACGGCAGUGCUGCGCUCCCGAGACCUGGGCUCCGUGGUGUGUGACAUCAAGUUCUCGGAGCUCUCCUAUCUGGACGCCUUCUGGGGGGACUACCUGAGUGGCGCCCUGCUGCAGGCCCUGCGGGGCGUGUUCCUAACUGAGGCCCUGCGGGAGGCUGUCGGCCGGGAGGCUGUCCGCCUGCUGGUCAGCGUGGACGAGGCUGACUAUGAGGCCGGCCGGCGCCGCCUGCUGCUCAUGGAGGAGGAAGGGGGACGGCGCCCAUCAGCGGCCUCCUGAUCCUGGAUCUGGCAGGACUGACCCCACCUUCUAGCUUUCGGGCCACCUUCCCGAGAGGAUAAAGACCAUCUCUGCUCCUAGGGGACUGUCACUCCAGCAGCUUUGAGGGCUGAGACAGACAGAUGGCCAGCCCCCGUGACACUCUGGCUCAUUGACAGCUUCUCUGACAGGAUGUGGGCUCUGAGGCCUAAACCACUUCCAGCUGAGUUUCCUUCCCAAGCUCCCCCCACCCCCACCCUCAGGUGUGUUUUUUCAGCUCCAGGAGGCCAGGGGUUCCAGCAUGUAGAUUCCAAAGGAAAGGGCACACAGCCACAUAGUCACUAAGGGCCUCCUGCAUAUUGUGUCCUUGACCCUGGGCUGUGUGCACACAUUGUCCCCUGGAAGUCUCUCUUGGGCUCUUGUUCUGGCCUGCUCCACACACUUAUUUGGCUUAAGGGCUUCUCUCUCAGGAUCUCUGAUUUUACUGCCCCCAACCCUGGGCUUCAGCCACCCCUGGCACUGGAGCUGGGGCACACACGGGGCCUGUUCACCUUACCCACACAUCUCUGCAGCCUGCCAGGGCUCUGCCCACCUUCCACAAACAGACCUGGCACUCCACCUUCCCCUGCUCCCCAGAGCUGGGCACGGACUUGCACAAGGACCUACCUGCACCCAGUGUGAGGUGUGUUGUUAGCAGUUGCCAGACGGUGUGUGCUGUUGCCCACGGGGCCAGGACCAGAAGCCAACUGCUUUCUCAGAAGGAGAAAGGCAAAGGCUUGGGGGCUGAUGGGAAAGGUCUUUUAUAAAUGGUACCAAUAAAACUGCCCUGGAAGGGGCGUGGAUGGGCA